AUGGCACCCACUCGAACUUCAUCGCGUCAAGCCGCUCAGAAAGCAAAAGAGGCCAUGGCGGCUGCUCCAGACACCAAACCUCGAGGUGGAGCGGGCACGAAGCGUAAAGAGGCGUCGGACAAAGGGCCUGCUCCCAAAAAAGAGAAGAAGAAUGACCAAUCCCAAGCACCAAAGGAAGUAAACGAGCAGGAGCAGGCAGCGGAACCACCGAAACAGGUAGAAGAGGAUAAGCCAGUGCCCGCGCAUGACGAGCAAAAGCAACAAGCAGCAGAGGAGCCAAAUGCUGGACACAAAGAGAAGCAGACGCAGGAAACGUCACCGGAAGCUAGCGCUGAAGCCGAUGAAUCUGCAGAGUCUGCUCAAAAACCAGCUCCGGAGCAUGAAGUUGAGAAUGGGGUCAAAAAGUCCCCAAAGAGAGAAGACGUCGUUACUUCGAAUAUUCUCGAAAAGGGUAUCAUCUACUUCUUCUACCGCCCCCGCGUCAAUACCUCAGAACCGCAUGGCAUGAGCGAAAUUGCUCGGAGCUUUUUUGUACUGCGACCUACUCCAUUGGGAGCCACACUUGGUGAAGACCAAGGCACGGUGGAAGCUGGCUCAAAAUGUCGCCUGAUGGCUCUUCCGAAGAAGAAGUUCCCCACAAGUGGAAGUGAGAAGGAUAUGGGAUUUGUGGAGAAGGCAGAUCAGUCAAUGCAAGCGCUACAUGAUAGUUUUAUGGCGGGCGAGACGUACGAGACUGCCACCCAAGGUCAGCGCAGUGCCCAAGAGGCCAGACCGUUCGCCGAAGGGGUCUAUGCAAUCACGUCCGCAAAACGCGCCUCGCACUUGGCUUACAUCCUCACCAUUCCCGACAAGAUCGGAACUCUUCAAGAAGACUUUGGUCUUCAUGGACGCGGUAGCUGGAUUGUGCAGUCUAAAAACCCCAAGCAUCCGGGCCCCUCAUACGCAGCUCUUCCCCAAGGGCCGGAGUAUCCUGAACAGGUUCGCGAGAAGUUCGGUGACUAUCGCUGGAAGCCAUUGGAGCCCGAGUUCAUUGAUUAUCCGAAUGCUCAAUUCCUCAUGAUUGGCGAUACCUCGAAUGAGCUGGGUAAAGCCGCCACUGCCGACCCGGAGGACAAACAGGAUGGAGAAGAGCAGCCUGGCGAAGAGCUUGAAAAGUUCGAGCAUGAGAAUGAAGAACGAGUGGAGUCGCUGCGAGCGACUCUGCCUCUCUCAGCAGCUGUGACGGCGCUUUCCCUCCCCUCGCGUGCCAAUCACAUUGUCAAUCAGACGACCUGUGGGAGCACGAAAUAUGCAUACACCGGUCUAGAAGGCUAUGGCUUCAUUCCGGCCGAUGCACUCGACAAAUACGGAGAUACACUGGGAGGCAUUGGCAGCUCGGCGGCCAUUGACCAGGCUUCUUGGCGCCAAACAGGCCGUGAUGCAUUUGAAGGCAUUGCCUACUGUCUGCCUGAUCGUGGCUGGAACACCAAUGGCACCAUUAACUUCCAGCCACGCAUCCACAAGAUAGGGCUUUCUCUUCGCCUUGCCCGCAAUGCGUCGGCACAGCAUCCGUCCAAGCCCAACCUUGGUCUCAAGUAUCUCGAUACCAUCCUUCUCACCGACCCCAAGGGUCAGCCGCUCACUGGCCUCGACGCCGACGAUACCGGCGCCGCCUCAUACUCCGGCUUCCCUCCCCUGCCGGUAGCAAGCUACGUCGGCGAUGGCUUCGGGGGCUCUGGACCCGGCGGCAAGAGAGUCUCGGUCGACGCCGAGGGACUCGUCCUGGACCCAGCCGACCACGGGUUCUGGGUCUCCGACGAAUACGGACCCUACGUGUACAAGUUCACACCGACAGGAAAGAUGGUGCAGGCAAUCCGGCCCCCGGAUGCUAUUCUCCCUCAUCGCAACUCCACGGUCAGCUUCAGUGCCGCCAGCCCACCGCUGUACGAUCCCGAUCACCUGCCCGUCCCGGAGGACCCGAAGACAGGACGCAACAACAACCAAGGCCUCGAGGCGCUGAGUCUCUCUGCCGACGGGAAAACCCUGUACACGAUGAUGCAGUCUGCCCUGAACCAGGAGGGCGGUCCCAAGAAGAAGAAUCGACAGCCUGCGCGGUUCCUCGCGUACGACCUUUCCAUGGACACGCCCACCCUCAAGCACGAGUACGCCGUUGUUCUGCCCAAGUACCAUGACUACACGAAAGACGACAAAGAAGACCCCAUGCGUGUCGCCUCGCAGUCCGAGAUUCUGGCCCUCCCGACGGGCGACUUCUUGAUUCUCUCUCGUGACUCGAACUUCGGUCACGGUCAGGACAACACUCGCUCCGUAUACCGAAACGUCGACGUCUUCUCAAUCUCUAACGCUACGACGGACUUGAAGGGCAAGUAUGACGAGGUUGGCGCGUCCAUCGCCUCCAAGAAGGGCGCGCUAAACAAGGACGUCACCCCCGUCGAGUACUGCCCAUUCCUGGACUUCAACGUGGAUGCGGAGCUGGCGAAGUUUGGCUUGCAUAACGGUGGGGACCAGGAUGCUGGGCUGCUGAAUGAGAAGUGGGAGAGCCUGGCACUGGUUCCGACGGGCUCGUCGCCAGGUGGCAAGGGCAGGAAAGAGUACUUCUUGUUCAGCUUUAGUGAUAACGAUUUUAUGACCCAGGAUGGGUAUAUGAAUUUUGGUCAGUUCAAGUACUCCGACGAGUCGGGAUAUGAUAUCGAUAACCAGGUGCUGGUUUUCAGGGUGGAAUUCUAA